GCAGCCCUUUACCUCUCUGUGUCAUAACUCAUAAUUAUCUCUCUUGGCUACUCAGAGUCAAGUUCAGCGCAUGUAAACUAGACAGGCAUGGCCCCAUCUUUCCCAAUAAGAUAACUGCUUCAUCCACACGUUUCACAACAAGGAGGGAGCUUGUCUUAUCAACUUCAGGAGAUGGUGCUCAGUGUGUGGAACAGAAGCUGAGACGAGGUAAAGAGGGACAGACUCCUUCUCCGUCAUGGGAUGCUGCAGUGUGACCCAGAGGCAUACUGGAGUGGACGAGGUGGGCCCUGAUGAGAUUGAGCUCCUGGAACUCUCUGGAGACAAUUUAGGUGUGUGGAGCCUGGGAGAAACCAGACUUCAGCUGUCUGUGAGGAACAGCAGAGACGAGCAGCCCCAGCCACCACGCAGACCUUCAAUACCACACCUGGAACAAGAGGUGGUGCUGUGGGGAAAGAGCAGAGAUGAGCUCCACCAAAGGAUAUACUCCCAACAGCCAAUCAGGGGCUGGGAGGGCCAAGCUGCCCACAUGUAUGGAGAGAUCAUCCACUCCUCACUGGUGUCUCUCUACAUCAGCUACACACAGGAAACCCAAGAACACUUCCUGGUUUUGUUCUCUUUCCACCUACUCAUCCUUUCUCUGGACCACUCUCGGCAAGACUUUGUUUAUGAGGGCAUUCUUCCCCUUUCUGGACUUUCCUUCCAAGUUGUCUCUCUGGACUUGGACGCGUCACAUUCGCCACACAUGUUUGAAAUCAGCAGUCCAGUGAUGGACUCCAAGGUGUUCACGUGUGCCAGUGCGGCAGACCUACAGAAAUGGAUGCAGUACGCAGAAGACAGGAGAUACAAGGCCAUGAUCCAACCCAUGAGUCCCUCCCACUGCGCUCUCUCCUAUCUAUUACCAUGUGAUGAGAACUGGAAAAGAGAAGAACUGAAAAAAUACUUACUACAAGCUCCAAUAUGGCAAUGGGAGGGCUCGCCCAUACAGCACAUGGGUCAGCCGAGCUACGUAUCUAUUGUCCACAUCAUCAGCACACAGAGACAGGGUCUCCAAGAAAGACUGAUGGUUCUCUUCCCUCAAGACAUCGUGCUUCUAUCUGUUGACAACAAGCGCCUGACUAUAAGAUAUGAGGGCAGGUUGCCCCGACAAAGUGUCAAAGCAGUUGAGAGGUCAGCCUUGCCUGGACGGCUGGAGUUUGAACUGAUAGGUGAACUGGUGGAGCCGCUGCAGGUCUCUUGUACCUGCAUGGAGGAUUAUCAGAACUGGAUUUUUCAGUUACAACAGCCAGACAGAAGCAACCAUGUUACUGUGAGUCAACCGCCACCUCCGAUAAUGCCAAAGCUGCAGAGGAACAGGAAGGAGUCCCAGGAACCAAUGCUAGCAGCCGACCCAUAUCACAUCAAUGGACGCGGCUGAUUCCUCAGACGGGAGGAAGAGCCUCAAACGUCACUGUAAUCAUAAAUUUGAAACAUGUAGAUAAUUUGUACAUAUGUCUCGUAUGUGCCACAACAUGGAGGCAGAGCAGUGAAGACUUCUCGUUCUAAUCUUUGAUAUAUUUGGUUGAUUUUGUCACUGUGAACAGACAGAACACAGCACUUAAAGCCAGUAUUCAUGUUCGAGCGUAAACUAGUCCUUGACCCAGUUUAAGAGCAGAUCAGACCUGAAGAAAUGUUAGAUGUAGAAACUGUAGAGUCUCAAAAAUAGCUUAAACUUAGGGGUGAAUAAACUGUAAAUACCUGUAUGUAGCUUUGUUUUACCUUUUCAAAAUAAACUAUUUAAAAAAGUUUAA